AUGGCGUCGAAUAGCAGAGAAGCAAGGAGGAGGAAGAUCUUAGAAAGAGGAUCUGAUCGUUUAGCCUUUAUCACUGGUCAGAUCAACGGCGUUUCUUCUCCACCUCCUUCCGAUUCCACUUCCCUUUCUCAAUCUCAUCUCCAAACCGACGAAUCAUCACCGGGCACUAUUCCGCCUCCUGAUCAGAUCCUUCCUGCUCAAGAGACCGGUUUCACAAGUCAGCAGGAAAACAUAUCUGAUGCUUCGAUGCCUGAUAACACGGAUCAUAUCAUUCAUCAAAGCAGAGCAGAAUCGCUUCAGCCUCGGAAGCAUACUGAAACAUUGGCAGAAGCCUCCGCUUCAGAUCCUCGAGACACAACGCUACAACCGUCUCCUGCAACAUCAAGUGCUCAAACCCCAUCAGUGGUAGAUUUGGGUGCUUCUCAAGCAUUUACUCCUUUGGUUAGUUUUGUGAACUCCAUCACUCCAAAUCACAUUGGAGCCGCCAUUGAUGCUUCAGUAUACGCGCGGAUGUUCUCAGCUCUCGCGAUUGCCCUUCUUGUCAUACUAUCUCAUUUCGGGUUCUCUUCCGUAAGCAACAUAGUAAGCUUCAGGCCUGUUUUCUUGCUUCUCUUGACCGAUGUCACAAUUGUGCUUGGAAUGGUUCUGCUGAGCCAUCAUGGAGAUUCUUCCUCAGCAUCAAGACGAGAAAACUUGGGAACAGUAAUGGACGGACAGGGCAUAGCGGACCAAGUAGGCAACGCGUUGGAGAUGGUCAUGGUCGUGAAGAAGGUAAUGGACGCGGUUUCUAUGGAUUUUAGCUUAUACGCCGUGAUGCUCAUCUGUGGCCUCUUGUUCACACAAAGCAUCUUUGCUUAA